ACUUAUUCCAGGUCUUAUAUCUGCUUUAUUCCCCAACCAAAUGCUAAUCUUAGCCAUCUUGAUACUGCACCAUAUAUUAAUGUCUCAACAAAUCUUAGCCGGUAAAAGGUUGGUGGACGGCUGAAACAGAAUAUCAUUUAAAACUCUCUCGCAAAACCCGUUCUUUUUUUUUUGUGCGGUGGACGCUAAAGAAGGGGAGAGUGGGUGGAAUAAAGCCAGAUAGAUACUCAGAGAAAGAGAGGGGUAAAGGGUGGAGACUGGAGACAGAUGGAGAAGAAAUGCCGGCCGUUGAUCGUGGCGAUGAAGGGUCACCCUGGAACCGGCAAGUCCACCCUCGCACGUGACGUCGCCGCCGCCCUCCGCUGCCCUCUCCUCGACAAGGACGACGUCCGCGACUGCACCCUCCCCGUCCAGCAAUCCCUCGCUGCCGCCACUUCCUCCGCCGGCGGCGCCGCCGCGUUGCUGAACGACCUCUCCUACUCGGUGCUGUGGCGGAUGGCCGAGACACAGCUCCGCCUCGGCCUCACCGUCGUCGUCGACUCCCCCCUCUCCCGCCGGACCCACCUCGACCGCCUCCUCCACCUGGCCCGCCGCGCCGGCGCCGGUGUCGUCGUCGUGGAGUGCCGGCCGUCCGACGAGGCCGAGUGGCGCCGCCGCCUGGAGUCGAGGGGUGCCGCCGCGUCGGCGGAUGACGGCGGCUGGCACAAGCCCGCCAGCUGGGCGGAGCUCCGGAGUCUGGUGGAGGGGUACGGCGGCUGCACGGUUUAUGAUGUCGGCGACGUGCCGAGGCUCGUCGUCGACACCACCUUGGCGGCCGCCGGUGCGGAGGAGGUCUCGGCGGCGGUCGUGGAGUUUAUUCGGUCUAAUGCUCAUGGCUAAACACGGAGAUUUUCCCGUUUUUUUUCCUGGUUUAAUCUUUGGGGUGGAUGUGAGGUGUCACGUGACCCGAUUGUAAACUUUUUUAUUGAAAAAUUAAUCCUCGCAAAGAAACUUUUUUAUUGUAACUUGGUCUUCUUUCCUUCUAUUUUUUAUUC